CCGCCGUGAGGUCUCCAAUCUGCCAUUUUCUGAACCUGAGUAAGUCUUUGGCAUCCUGAAUCCUCUGUGUUUUCCUCUGUAUUCCGCUCACUGGCCCACCACCUCAGGGGAACGAUGGCUACAGAGUCUACAGCCACUGCUGCCAUCGCCGCGGACCAGGUUUCCGCCGACAAUCUGGAUGUGGAUAGUGAAGCUAAGAAACUACUGGGAUUGGGACAGAAACAUCUGGUGAUGGGGGACAUUCCAGCUGCUGUUAAUGCAUUCCAGGAAGCAGCUAGUCUUUUAGGUAAGAAGUAUGGAGAAACAGCUAAUGAGUGUGGAGAAGCAUUCUUUUUCUAUGGGAAAUCACUUUUGGAGUUGGCAAGAAUGGAGAAUGGUGUGUUGGGAAAUGCCUUGGAAGGGGUACAUGUAGAAGAAGAAGAAGGAGAAAAAACUGAAGAUGAAUCUCUGGUAGAAAAUAAUGAUAAUGUAGAUGAGGAAGCAAGGGAAGAGUUGAGAGAACAGGUUUAUGACGCCAUGGGAGAAAAAGAAGCCAAAAAAACAGAAGGCAAGUCUCUGGCAAAGCCUGAAACUGAUACAGAACAGGAAAGUGAAGUGGAGAAGGGUGGAAGAGAAGAUAUGGAUAUAAGUGAGCCCGGAGAGAAGCCGCAGGAAAACGUUGAAGUGACUUCAAAUCAGUUACCUGAAUCCUCUGAAGAGGCAAAAGCAGCAGCAAUACCAAAAGGACUGAAUGAAGAUGAGGUCACUUCUGGGAAGCCAGAACAGGAAUUAUUGUGUACUGAAGAAGGAAAAUCAAUUUCUGGAGUUGAUGUUCAAAAUAAAGAGUGCAGAGAAAAAGUGGUUCAGGAGAAACAAGGAGAGGAAAUUGUGAGCAUAGAGGAAAAGCCAAAAGAAGCUUUAGAAGAUGAGCCUAUUGCAGCCUCAGAAAAGCAGGGCACUUUACUGAAGGUAGAAGCAGAGCCAGUCAAGUCAGUGGAUAUGGGUGGGGAUGAACCAAAGGAGCAAGUAGCUACCUCUGAAAAUGAGCUAGAAAAGGCUGUUCUUGAGCAGCUGGUAGGGCAAGAUGUGCCUUCUGUUGAAGUGUCACCAGUGGUGACUACAGAGGCUGCAGAAGCUGGAUCAGAAAUUUCUGAGAAGGCAGGGCAGGAGACCACAGUUGUUCCCAAUGAUGGUUCAGCUGGUGAACCAUCAGCUGCAGAUGAGAUGCCUAGUGAAUCACAGACAUCUGCAGACGGGCUAACAGGAACUAAAGGUGGCUCAAGUGUAGAGGAGGUCAAGGCAGAGCUGGUUCCUGACCAGGAGGAAACUAAGCUACCUGUAGAAGAGUCUAAGGCAGCUGGAGAUGGGGUUGAGACAAAGGUAGCCCACAGGGCUUCUGAGAAAGCACUUGAAGACAAAUUUAAGAUAACUGCUAAUGAAGAGACACAGGAGAGAGAAGAACAGAUGAAAGAGGGUGAAGAAACUGAAGGCUCAGAGGAAGAAGAGAAAGAAAAUGACAAGGCCGAGGAGACACCAAAUGAAUCAGUUCUUGAAAACAAAUCUCUUCAAGAAAACGAAGAGGAGGAGAUUGGGAACCUAGAACUUGCCUGGGAUAUGCUGGAUUUAGCAAAGAUCAUUUUUAAAAGGCAAGAAACAAAAGAAGCCCAGCUUUAUGCUGCACAGGCACAUCUUAAACUUGGAGAAGUUAGUGUUGAAUCUGAGAAUUAUAUACAAGCUGUGGAGGAGUUCCAGGCUUGUCUAAACCUGCAAGAGCAGUAUUUGGAAGGCCAUGACCGUCUUCUUGCAGAGACACAUUACCAGUUGGGCUUGGCUUAUGGUUACAAUUCUCAGUUUGACGAGGCAGUGGCACAGUUUGGCAAAUCUAUUGAAGUCAUUGAGAAGAGAAUGGCUGUACUAAACGAGAAGAUGAAGGAGGCUGAAGGCUCAUUUACUGAAUAUGAGAAAGAAAUUAAGGAGCUGAAGGAACUGCUGCCUGAAAUUAGAGAGAAGAUAGAAGAUGCAAAGGAAUCCCAGCAUAGUGGGAAUGUAGCUGAAUUGGCCCUGAAGGCUACUCUGGUGGAGAGCUCUACUUCAGGUUUCGCUUCCAGUGGAGGGGGCGCUUCAGUCUCCAUGAUUACGAGUAGAAAACCAGCAGAUGGUGCAUCCUCAUCAAAUUGUGUAACUGAUAUUUCUCAUCUAGUCAGAAAGAAGAGGAAACCAGAGGAAGAGAGUCCCCGGAAAGAUGAUGCAAAGAAAGCCAAGCAAGAGCCAGAGGUGAAUGGAGGCAGUGGAGAUGCCGGUCCCAGUGGAAAUGAAGUUUCUGAAAACAUGGAGGCUCAGGCUGAGAAUGAAGCUGAAAGCCGGGCAGCAGUGGAGGGGUCAGUGGAGACUGCAGCUGCAGUUGAAAGCUCUGCAUGUUAAGGGAGCAGUACCUUCCUCCUAAGGGAAAAUGUUUUUGUACAUAAUGUAUUUUUUCACUUUUGGGGAUUCUUUUUGUAUAACUUCAAUAAAGAUUGUAGGCAAAA